AACACUUGCCUCAGAAGUCUUGGGCUCCUGGCUGAUCUACUGUCGUUCUGUCCGCCCGACACAAAAGCCUUCUGAUCCUCACCAAGUCCUUCUCAAAAUUUCCAACAAGAUGCGACUACGAGACGUCCAGCGUCUGGAAUUGCCGCCCACGGCUGAUAUGCAUGUGCAUCUACGGCAAGACAAAGUCAUGGAGUUAGUGGUGCCUCAGAUCUUGAAAGGAGGAGUUGAUACGGUGUUUGUGAUGCCCAAUCUACAACCGCCGAUUACCAGUGUGGCCCAAGCCCUGGAAUACCAGUCUGCUCUCAGGUCCAUCGAGCCUCGAGUCCACUAUCUCAUGUCCCUCUACCUCCAUCCCUCGAUCACGCCCGAAGUGAUCGCAGAGGCCGCAGCCGCAGGCAUUGCUGGAGUCAAGAUGUAUCCCCAAGGCGUGACCACGAACUCCGAGUCCGGGGUGCCGGCGGAUUUUCUCAGUGCCUAUUCUCCCGUCUUCGCCGCCAUGGAGGAGCAUGACCUCGUGCUCAAUCUGCACGGCGAGUGGCCGGGGCCUCUACCAAGCGAGGACAUUUCUCUCGAAGAGGCGUUCCUGCCGGAGCUGAAGAAGCUGCAUGAGAAGUUUCCACGUCUCCGGUGUGUCCUCGAGCACUGCUCUACCGCCGCGGCGCUGGAUGCUGUACGGGCUUGCGGUCCCUCAGUUGCAGGAACGAUCACGGCACACCACCUCUACCUGACCGGCGACGACAGCCACACCGACCCCCUGGCGUUCUGCAAACCCAUCCCCAAAAAGGCCUCGGAUCGAGACGCCCUGAUCAAAGCGGCGUGCAGCGGCGACCCGAAAUUCUUCUUUGGCAGCGACAGCGCACCGCACCCGCUCGCGUCCAAGGUGGUCAACGGCACCACCAAAGCCGUGCCGGCGGGCGUCUUCACCCAGCCCUUCGCCACGCAGCUCGUGCUCCUCGCCUUCGAAGAGGCCAUUGCGCGAGGCGUCCUGCGAGAAGACGAGGUCACGCAGGACCAGCUGGAGCGGUUCCUGAGCCGGUCGAGCCGGCGCUUCUACAAGCUGCCGGUGCCCGACUCUCCCACCGCUACCGCCACGGACGGGCAACGACGACUCAAGACCAUCGUGCUCGAGAGAAAAGGCGAGACGAUCCCACCGAGCAUCAGGAGCGCGGAUGGCGCAGUGGAGAUUGGCGUGUCGAAAGCCGCGGCUCCGGUUUUCAGUUUGAGCUGGCUGGCGUAGGGAAUAUCUGCACUGGAGAAGGAGAGCACAGAAUCAAGGGGAACAAAUACCGUGAGAAAAUCAGUCAGUCAGUCAGUCAUCCCAAUUUUAUAUACAUUCACUCUCUAUGAGGGUGCCUAGUGUUAUCCAACGAACCAUGCGUAAAUACCGCAUAUGUACAA